CGCCGAUCUCCUUGCUUUCUCAUUCGAUUCUUCUUUCCAAUUUGAUCACACCGUGGAAAUAACAAGUAACAUUUGUUUCAAUACUCUAGCGGCCGACGAGAUCAAAAUUGCUCUUUCCCAAUGAAGUUUUCUACCACGGUGUCAUCGGCACUGUUCCUGAUCGCGUCGGUAUCGACCACGACUUCCUUCACACCCGUCCAGUCCUUUGGCGUGCACCGUCGAACCCUGCUCGUCACUCCCCGCCACGCUACCGUAGAACCCCCGGUACGGGAACCAGAAACCUCCGAUCGCGUACGGCAGGUCCGCGAUCGUUUCCGCAAGGCUUCCCAGGACGCCGCCAACGCCAAAGGCUGCGUCGCCCAGGACGACGGCGACGAAUCCAGCUGGUGGCGCAAGCCCCUGCCGGAAGACAACGACGUCAUUAGUAACCAGCGACCGCUCCGAGUCGUCAUUGCCGGUGGAGGUGUUGCGGGACUCGUCACGGCCGCAGCCUGCCACGCCAAGGGCAUGCAAGUGGCCAUCUUCGAACAGGCCUCGCAGUACGCACCCUACGGUGGACCCAUACAGAUACAAUCCAACGCACUGCGGGCACUCGAACGCAUCAAUCCCGUUAUUUGUGAAGAAAUUCGCAAGGCCGGCACCGUCACGGCGGACCGUGUGUCGGGACUCAAGAUUGGUUACAAGAAGGGCGUCUUUCUAGGACUCGGCAAGCAGUACGAAAAGGGGGACUGGUUGGUACGCUUCGAUACCCUACAGCCAGCGCUCGAUGCCGGUCUCUACCCCACCGUCGUCGUCGACCGACCCGUCAUUCAACAAAUUCUACUGGAACACGGUAUUCCGGAAAAGACGGUCCGCAUCAAGUCCCGUAUUGCCAAUUACGAAGAACUCGGACCCGGCAAGGGCGUGCGGAUUCUCCUCGAAGACGGCACGGUGGCCUACGCGGACGUUUUGAUCGGUUCCGACGGUAUUUGGUCCUCCGUGCGGCGGAUUAUGCACGGACUGGAUCAGGGCGCCGACGGGUUCGCGGCCUCGGGCGCCGCCGGUGGGGCCCUCAACGAAGCCGAAGCCCGACGGAUGGCCAAAGACUCGGUGCUCAUGGCCAAUAACGCGAAUCGACGGUAUUCCAAAUUUACGUGUUACGCAGCCUUGACGGAGCACCGCGCGAGCAAUAUUGAAGAAGUCAGUUACCAGAUUCUACUCGGCAAGGACAAGUACUUUGUCAGUACCGAUGGUGGCGGCGAACGCCAGCAAUGGUUCGCACUGAUACGAGAACCAGCCGGUGGAGUGGAUCCCGAACCCACUCCGGAAAAUCCAACCCCCAAACUGACUCGUCUCCUGCAAGAAUUCAAUCACGAGGAGCCAGGAGAUCAGAAUGGUGAUGUGUGGGAUGACUUUGCCUACGAGCUGUUCAAGGCCACCCCGGAAGAAGAUAUCAAACGUCGUGACUUGUACGAUGGAUCGCCAUUGUUGAUGCAAGGCUGGAGCAAGGGACAAGUUGCCAUUUGCGGAGAUGCGGCUCAUCCUAUGAUGCCCAACCUCGGCCAAGGUGGCUGUCAGGCUACCGAAGAUGGCUACCGGCUCGCCGAAGAACUGGCAACGGUCCGCACCACGAAAGACAUUGAAGGUGCAUUACAAGAGUACUACCGCAAACGUAUUCCCCGAACCACGAUCAUACAAGCUUUGGCACAAUUGGGAUCCGAUUUGCUCGUGGAUUUUGACAAAAUGAUGACCAUUCCGUUGGUUGGGCCAUUUUUCUUGUUCAUGACACAAGUGUCCAUGCCCUUUGUGCUACGGUUUCUAUACACGCCAGAGUUUUAAUUAGGCAAGAAUUACCCUU